AUGGAAGCGUUUUCAUCCCUGCAAGCUGCCUUAGAUUGUAGCCUGGUUCCAACUCACUUCGCGGUGAAGGAUCCCAAGAUGUGCGCUGGCUGCGGUGCAAUUUUUUGCGGUGAAUGCUUGAAAAAAUGCCGCAAAGCAAGAGAAGCCAAGAUCAAGUGCGCAUUCUGUCGCAAGGCAGCGUAUUUUGCAGAUUAUGUGUCGCUGCCAUGGCACAAAGACGCGAACGAUCUCGUGAAAGGGCUACAGAGUGAGUUUUCUCAAAAACUUGGACGCAUCAGCUUCCUCGAGAUGGAGAACAAACAACUCCGUAAGCGAAUCCGCGAUUUGACAAGCAAACCUGCUGCCGGUCGAGGGAAGAGACCAAGCGACCAGCCCACGAUCAACAGUGUUCUCCCGGUCACAGAUCACACUCGAACGACGAAAACCAAGAAGAUUGCGGAGCAAAAAGAAGGCGGUAACGAUCAGACUGGCUCUCAAACUACCAACCGGCCAUGGACCCGCUCUAUGGGUGCUCGAGACCACACUUCUCUCAGCUACUCGCAGUCAACUGACGAAGAAACUCAAGCAGAGGACAUCAAUAGACCGGGCCCAUCUUCCCGAUGUAUCUCCGAGGGAAAGAAGACAAUCAAUCUCGACUAA